ACAUCCCAUCGCGCUUUUUGGCAGCUUCGAAGUCCUCUUACCAAAACAUGAACAUGAGUUUCUGACAUUGAUGUGUGUGAAAAAUAGGUUGAAAACCAGGUUAUAAACGUUAUGCUUAAAGACGUGAGGACUAAAAGGACAUUAUUAGGGAAACAAUGGCCAGCACCAUGGUGGCCGUGGGUCUCACCCUUGCAGCAGCAGGAUUCGCAGGUCGAUAUGCCAUGCAGGCCGUGAAACAGAUGGAGCCCCAGGUGAAGCAGGCUCUCCAGGCUUUUCCUAAAUCUACGUUUGGAAGCGGUUACUACAGAGGAGGUUUUGAACCCAAGAUGACGAAGAGAGAAGCGUCUCUCAUCCUAGGAGUCAGUCCCACGGCCAACAAAAACAAGAUCAGAGAGUCACACAGGAAGCUGAUGAUAUUAAAUCAUCCUGACCGAGGAUUUUUGGAUUUUCCUUCCUGUUCGGUGCUGGCCACACCCACAUAUAUGAUGUCACAUCAAUUAAGUAAUGUUAUUUCUUUUAUAAAGCAAACCUCAUAUUUUUCUAAGCACAGCACAUUUUUUCAUCCUCUAACUUCCAUCAGUAUCAGUUUCUGAGCAGUAUGAAUCCCAACACCACUGCUACACCUGAUCCACUCAUACCAUAAUUCUGCUUUGAUAUUGCUUGGUCCUGAUCUUUGAUAUAUUUAGACAUGUAUAUAUCUUGUUAUGUAUUUUAUAACACUAGCAUUACAAUAUGUUCCUAACAUAUGUUCUGAAUGAGGAUUUGAACAGGUUUCCAAACCUUUUUGUUAGGAAAACCUGUUAGUGACACCUAGUGGAAAAUGGUUUAAACAUUUCUCCUGCUUAUUUCACAGUAACAGUUAUUAGAUGACAUUAAUUUCCUGGGGAAAAUAUUUACAGAAAUAUUUACAAUAAUGUAGCCUAAUAUAAACACAGAGAUGAUCUAAUUGAUGUAAUAGACCUAAUAAUUUAAGUAUUUGUAAUGUGUACAUUAAAUGUGGCAAAAAAAUAUACAUUUUACAUUCAUACGUUGCUGUAAAUAUGAUAAUUUACAGCGGAACAGAGUAACAAAGUAAUCUGCGAUGUUACAAGGUAGUGUAGUAAGCAAUACUGUAACAUUUAUCUGGUAACUUUGUAAAAUUACAAUAGAUUUCGCCAGAUAAUUGCUAAUAUUCUUCAAGAUUUUUUUUGUAUUUGAACUUUUCCAGACACUGACAUG